UUUGGAGAAGUUAUUCUAUUUGAGUGGUUUUUUUCAGAUUAGAAAUACUAGAUACAAAUACAAAAACACUAUAUUGUUGCUAGUUUGCUUUCUGGAAAGAUAGAAUUAGUUUACACUGAUACUGGCAGUAUCUAAGUGAGCUUUUCACUGCAUAUUCCUGCGAAUAGUGCUGUAUAUAUUUAAAUUAUGACUUAUAUACUCAAACUCAAAUUCAUUUUACUUCACAUUUCUUUAACUGCUGGUGAGGCUGUUUAUCUUUGCAUAUUGUAUUUUUUAAUCUCUAUUUUAUCUCCUUGUAAAUUGUCUCUUUAGCAUAUUAAGUACACUCAAGGCAUUAAUUUUAUGUAUACAGUCCUCUAUUUAUAUGGAAAGGUAAACUGCUAUAGUAAUCUCCUACCUUAUCUCCUCACUUUCUGACUUUCCCACAGCAAUCAAUACAUACAAUUGCAAAUCAAUACAACUUCAUAGCUAACCUUUUAAAAAUAAAGUUCCAGUGUCCAAAGUCUUUAGCUAGAAAACCUUCACUUGCCCACCAAGUUAAGUAUAAACCCCUCAGCUGGAUUUUCAAGGCCCUCUUUAACAUACCCCCCAAAGGGACUUUUCAGCUUUUUGUCUUUCUUCAUGGCUAAAUAAAAUGUUUAGUGUUCCCAGAGAGUUUCGAAUGCUUUGUGUCGCUAGCUCUUUGCUCAUCCUGUCUACUGUAGCUGAACCUUUUUACAGGAAGAGUAUAGGGAAGUCUGUGCCCAAAGUCCCAAAGCCAUUAAAAGGCCAGGACAACAUCUGUAAUAACGUCUAGAAAAAUGGACUCAAGAGUUCCAGUUUGCAAGGCCAUGAACUCAUUUCCAGUGAUAAGAAAUAUAAAGGAGUUCAAUGGUGUACAGUACUUAUAUUUCAAUGCUAUCUUAUCAAUUAAUUUGCUUAUAUGAUAAAACUAGGAAGACCUGGCUUUGGUUACAUAGUUCCCUCUGACCUCUUAGUUUACUAAUUUCUGAUGUUUUUAUCUUUAAACAAUGAUUCUAUACUCAAUUUGGCACAUCUUGCCUCUGUGUAAGUCUUGACAUCCGUGAAAUUAAUAAUUCAAAAAAUCUCUUGGUCAUUUGGCGAUCAGAGCUUUACCCAUCCUAUUUCUCCUUCCUCUUGUGCUCAAAAACUCAGUUAGGGCCAUCACCUCUCACUGCAUCUCCAGCACUGGGAAACCUGAGGGUUGUUCUUAAAUCCCUUCUUCAUCCCUACACCUAAUCAAUCAUUUCUCUCACCUGGAUGUUUCCUGAAGCUGCAUUAUCCUAACUAUUUCCAGCACAGCAGUCAAGGCUGUAGCCUGAUGGCUGCUCUCCUGGACUAUGAUCACAGACAUCCACCCGAAGCCUCCUCCUUUCUUGCUGCUUGCUCUAUCUAAACCUUUCCUCCACACAGCCACCAGAGAAUUCUUCCUAAAAGGAUAAGCUGAUGUGCCACUCCCAAGUCUAACUUUUAUUGCUUCCAUUGCCUAUAGGCUGAGUGUAAGCUCUCCAUCCAGUCGAAGGGUUUCCUUGAAAACAUCACCCCCACUUACCUCUCCAGCUUUAUCUUUUUUAACUUCCUGCCUCAAAAUCUUAUGCCUGAGCAACAAGAAGUGCUUGCAGUUCUCUGAAGACAAUACACUCAUUCUCUCUUCUCUCCCUUUGUUUCCACUAUUCCCUUUGCUUGCAAUGCCCCUUUUUGGAUUUUCCCAUAAUGCAUCAUCAUGCACCCUGUAAACGGCAGCCAGGCACCACCCACCUUAGGAAGUCUUGCUUGACUAACAUAAGCUGAGUUUGAUGUUCUUUUCUUGUCCUUCUUGAGUACUCUGUUCCUCUUUUUCUCAUGUGAGUUCUUUAUGUGUAAUAACUGUCUUGUUCAUCUUUGUAUCCCUCAGUGCUCCGCAGAGAGUAAGUACUCAGUAAAUAUUUGAGGAACAAAUGAAUUGUGCAGAAUCUGGAAACCUGCAGUGUUUUAUUUUAAUUGAGCGCAGUUUGUCAGACUAUGGUUCUUAUAUGAAUUCUAUUAGUUUUCAACAUUUCCUGUAAUAUGCUUAUUUUUAUAGAUUUAAUUUUCUUAUUAAAAAGUUUUUAGUUUAAGGAGGAUGGUUAGAAGGGACCACUAAGAAGGUUAAAUGACAUAUAUUUAUUACUUAAAUCCUUGAGUGACUCUGUGAAUUCUCAUUUUAUGUGUGUGGAGAUAGUUUUAAAUUUAAUUACAUAUAAUUCAUAUUUUCUGAUAGAGCCUAAUAUAGCUAAAAGAAUUAGAGUCGAUCUUCAAAGAUGGCUUUGAUGCAGAUAACUUGGGAAACUAUUGAACAGAGAUAGUUGCCUGCAUUAAAAAUAAUUGUGCUGGGAUAAACCUUCCUCACACUGAGAUGAUCUAGAAGAGUCUUAGAACACAUUCUCACUGGAGAACUUAGUCCUGCCACAGGAGUGGUUGGUUGAAGCAGUUUCCCCUUAAAAUCUAUGCAAUGGACUUGUUUUACUUUAUUUUUAGAGGUAACCAGUAUGUGGCAACAUCAAUAACUCUUUUCUAAAUCAUUCUUUUGUCAUGUGCCUCUAUUUUUAAAACUAAAUUUUGUAAAACAAUUAGUUAUGCAUGCUGGCAAAAACCAAAUGUAAAACGUUUUAUAAUGUUAUAACAGGUAAAUAAUCUACAGAAUUUUCUAGCAUCUGCCAGGAUCAAAUUACUUUUAACAUUAAGUAUAUUUUGAAGGUGCAGCGGCAAGUACAUCCAGAGGAAAGGGAUUUAAUAGGCAUUUCCUUGCAAAUCAAGCUAUGGGUAACUAUUGAAAUUGCUUGUCAUGUGUUUUGAUUUUCAUUUUCCUUAGAAUGUGUUACUUUGCUGAAAAUGUAUUCAAAGGCUGGGUCAAUUGAUCUCUUGCAGGAUACACUUGAAGGUUAAGUAACUACAGAUCUCAGCUAAUCCUGUGUAAUCUGCUGUUACUAAAUGGCUGUUUGCAUUCCGGGCACACCAGUUUCUGAAUGCUUAGGAUUUGGUACCUUUUGUUUAAAUAACCUCUGAAAGGAGUGAUGCAUCUCUUUGCAUGUCUGUGCAUUGUCCUUAGCAUUUUGGAAGGAGUGGGCUCUUCGUGUCCUUCACAGUGCACCUGUGAUUAUCACGGCAGAAAUGACGGCUUGGGAUCAAGGUUGGUGCUAUGUAACGACAUGGAUAUGAAUGAGCUCCCUACAAACCUCCCCGUGGAUACCGUGAAGCUUCGUAUAGAGAAGACUGUUAUCCGCAGAAUCUCUGCAGAGGCCUUCUAUUACCUAGUAGAGCUUCAGUACCUCUGGGUGACUUACAAUUCCGUGGCCAGCAUUGACCCCAGCAGUUUUUACAACCUGAAGCAGCUGCAUGAGUUGCGUUUGGAUGGAAAUUCUCUGGCUGCUUUUCCUUGGGUGUCUCUGCUGGACAUGCCCCUUCUGAGGACCCUGGAUUUGCACAAUAACAGAAUAACCAGUGUGCCAAACGAUGCACUCAAGUAUCUGAAGAACCUUGCCUACUUGGAUUUAUCAAGCAACAGACUCACCACAUUGCCACCAGAUUUCCUGGCGAGCUGGUCUCAUUUAGCUACAACACCUUCUGGAGGCUUGGACGUUUCCCCAAGCAGGGUUAUUCUUGGUCUACAGGACAAUCCUUGGUUCUGUGACUGUCAUAUUUCCAAAAUGAUUGAGUUGUCAAAGGUUGUUGACCUGGCUAUAGUGCUUCUGGAUCCACUGAUGAUUUGCAGUGAACCUGAGCGCCUCACAGGAAUUUUAUUUCAGCGGGCUGAGUUGGAGCAUUGUCUGAAACCAUCAGUGAUGACCUCGGCCACCAAAAUCAUGUCUGCUCUGGGUAGUAAUGUUUUAUUGCGGUGUGAUGCCACUGGCUUCCCCACCCCACAGCUCACAUGGACCAGAUCUGACAGCUCACCAGUUAAUUACACAGUAAUACAAGAAUCUCCAGAGGAAGGAGUCAGAUGGUCCAUAAUGAGCUUGACAGGCAUUUCUGCCAAAGAUGCUGGGGAUUACAAAUGUAAGGCCAAAAAUCUGGCUGGGAUGUCAGAAGCUGUGGUUACUGUGACAGUGCUUGGCAUUAUCACAACCACAAUAUCACCAGAUGCUUCUGAAAGAACUGGAGAUCAUCCUGAGUGGGAGGUCCAACCAGGAUCUGGAAGAUCUACAUCUGUAUCUAAUGGAUCACCAUAUCCUUGGUCCUCUUCCUUUCCCCCCACAUCUUCUUUGUCUGCUUCUACUUUGUCUCCUCCCUCCACUUCUUCUUUCUCUUUAUCUCCUUCCUUCUCCUCCACCGCUUCUUCAACCACUACUCUGAGCACGAGCAUCUCAGCAAGUACUACCAUGGCCAACAAGCAAUCACUCCAGUUCCACCCAGAUGGGAAAAGAAAUUUAAAGGUGGCGAAGAGUGGAAGUAAGCUUCCUCCAGCCAGCACAAGAAAGAAAGCAGAGCUGGCAUUGUUAGAUCAAACAAUGCUUAUAGAGACAAAUGCCACAAUAGAAAACCUCAGGGUGAUCAGCGAGACGAAAGAGAGUGUGACAUUGAUGUGGAAUAUGAUCAACACCACACAUAACUCUGCAGUGACUGUGUUGUAUUCCAAGUAUGGUGGGAAGGACAUGCUGCUGUUAAAUGCAGACUCCAGCAAGAACCAAGUAACCAUAGAUGGCUUGGAACCCGGUGGGCAAUACAUGGCCUGUGUCUGUCCAAAAGGAGUGCCUCCUCAGAAAGACCAAUGCAUCACCUUUUCUACUGAAAGAGUUGAAGGAGAUGAUUCUCAAUGGUCUCUCCUUCUCGUGGUGACCAGUACUGCCUGUGUUCUUGUCUUACCAUUGAUUUGUUUCUUGUUGUACAAAGUUUGCAAGCUGCAAUGUAAGUCAGAACCUUUUUGGGAAGAUGAUUUGGCAAAAGAGACUUAUAUCCAAUUUGAGACCCUGUUUCCCAGGUCUCAAAGUGUGGGUGAGCUCUGGACACGAAGGCACAGGGAUGACUCAGAAAAAUUGCUCCUUUGUUCUAGGUCAAGUGUGGAAUCUCAGGUGACAUUUAAAAGUGAAGUUUCCUGACCAGAGUAUUUUUGCUAAGGUUCUGCAGCUCAAGUGCAUGUGAGCUACAAAAUUAGCAUCUAAGGGUAUAAUUGACCCUAGGUUUUAAUGACUUUUGGACAGACUUUCAUGUUGUUAGUGAAAAUCACAAAUGGAAUGAUUUGAAAUGUGUUUUAAAAAUACCAUGAAACCUCUGAACUGAAAAGACAAAUAACUUUGAUUUUUUUUUCUUGUGUGGAAAAGGUCUGAGGUAAUAAUUUUUAGAGUGGUGCUUAAUGAAUUAUUAAUACUAAAGGGUAAUAUUUUAGUUCUUAAAAAUAAGUUCAUGUGAAAGUAGCAAGUAAAAUCUGUAUUUAAAAAUACGGUUUUUUAAAGUAACGAGGAAACAGUAGCAUAACCAGCUAAGCCUUGAUGUUUAUUCAUGUUCGAAGUGCAUUAUGACAUUUGCUGUGGACAUUUUCUGACGUUGCCUAAUGGUGAGCAUGGGAUUAUAAAGUAUUUUACGUUUGCUAAGGUUAAAUCCAACUCACGGGGGGGGGGGGGCGGGGCUCUGUCUCUUGGUAACAUUAUGCAUUAUAAUACUGUAGAGUUGUGUUCAUAUUGCAUGUAAGAAAAAUUUCACUUUUCUUUAGAAAUAUAGGUAUUAGCAAAAGUAAGUAUACAAAGAAGAUCAUGACAUAUAGACCAUUUCUUUAAAAACGGCAACUGUUGCAUUUAAACACAUCUGCUGACAGAGGGUAUGGAUAUUUAAAAAUAACUUUAAUAUUUUGCUAUUUGCUCUUCUUUUCUUAUUUCUUUCUCCCCUCCUUGUCUUCCCUCCUUCUCCUUUUUUCAUUCCUUCUUCCUUCACUUCUGCUUUGUCAGAAGAUGUAUAAGUAGCCAAAGGACCACGAGCCAAGCUGUUUGUCUUUUGCCACAUUAUCUUUUGAUUCUCUUGACGAAGAAAAAGCUUUUGAAAUUAUUUACUGCCCUUUGAAAGUCUGUUUUAGAACCCCAAAGGGUAUUUUAGGAUUUUGAAAGGGAAGCUUCAAUGGAUUCAUUUGGUUAGACUCUUUUCCUAGGUUAAAAACAUCGGGGAACUUAAAUACAUCGGAAAGGAGUUCAUCAAUAAAAUUCGUUUUUUUUAAAAAAAGCAUUUUAAUAACUAUAGUAUACUACGAGAGACAUCUGUGGCUAUUAAUGAUAGUGAUAAAACCCACUCAAGCAUCUCACAGAGCUGAUACUGCAUGUCACUUAGCAGGAUGAUGCAACCCAGCCCAGGGAUGUCCAGGAGACAAGGCCACCUCAGCGCAGAGGCAAUUUCAUAAAUCUUAGAACAAAGCUUGACCUUACUAAAUUAAACUUGCUCUAUGAAAAACACCUGGUAAUGGACCCAGACUGAAUACAUGUGUAAGAAAUGGGAAAGAUCUCUGAAACUCUGAGAAUGGUCUUCAAAUAGAAGCCCUCCCACUCCAUUGGUCAUCUGACCCCUGACUCUAUCUGGCCUGUGACACCGGCCAGCUCCUGCUUUCUGCCUUGUAAAAGCACUGCUGGAAUAAACUGCUCGAACAUUAGAUGGUGUCUAAGACUCAUCUUUGAUGAGAUUUAGACUGACAGGGAUAAAUCACCCUUGGGAAGCUGGCUAACUGGGACCACCCAAAACCUCAGAACACAACGAGCGAUGAGGAUAAAAUCUGAGUAAGCCAAUGAGUGAUGACACCCAUUUCUAGAGGAGAAUCAAGGGAGAGUGACCAGGGCCUGGCUCUGAUCAAGAGACUGGGUGAGGCCUGUGGAACACUCCACAGUGGUCUGGCAGUUUUUGUUCCCUUUUCGGAUCUGUUGCUGCCUUCUACGCUCACUUUGUACCUCUGUUUUGGAAGUCGCCACCAGGCAAAACUCACCAAAAUUACUUUUAAGACCACUCUGGUUUCACAGGAAGGUGGGCUCCUAGGAGGAGGGUGAUAGGGACCGUGUGGGUUGGGGGACAUCCUGGGCUUGAGCCAACCACCAGCUGGUGUGUCUCUAGCCUCGGCUGUGGGAGAGGAACUCCUUUCUUAUCCCCAAAGAUCCUGACAUCAUGACCUCACAGACCAAGAAGGCUCGGGCACAGCUUCUCCACAGAAAGCUUAUCUGUUGUUGUCCACUAACCAGAGAAAGAGACUCCACCAACAGACCCCUGGUCUAAUGCCACUAGCAAAGUCACCAAAUCACCAAAGGGCAUGUGGCUGCCAUCCCUCUUUCUCUGCAUGCUCCCAGUGGGACAGUGCGGCUUCUCAAGGGUUUCACCACCCCCUACAAUGCCUGCUGGGUGCUGCUGGCAGCAGCCCAUGAGCAGUACAUCCAAAUCAUAGGGGCUCACCUCAGACUUACGACUCUGUGUCUGGCUGGCCUGGAGGCCUGUGAGCUGUGGCGUGAUCAUCCUGAGUGUGCCAGAUUCCCACCAGCGGCACCACAGGCAUUUCCAGUCACCACUUGACCACAGUUAAGAAAGCAGCUGCCACCUCCAUAAACAGCUAGGGUGAGGAAGAAUGAAUCCCAGUUCCCAAAGCAAGCAUUCUCUCUAUCAGGACUGGUUUAGUAACCAUCAGAGCUGGUGGUUACACAGUGACGGUCCUCCUUGCCUUGGCUCCCUCUGGCACACUCCACUUCCUUUUCCACUUCUCUGCCAUGCUGUGGCACGGCAGAGGCCUCGCUGGAAGCUGACCAGAUAUAGUGGGCAGAUCUUUGACUUCUAGGCCUCCAGAAUGUGAGCCAAAAUAACCUCUCUUCUUUAUACAUUACUCAGUUUCAGGUAUUCUCUUACGACACAGAAAACAGACUAAGAAAAUUCUUAUGGAUAAAAGAUUCAUUCUUAACCUUAAAUCUUAGAAACCUCAGCCUAUGAGGGUUUUUUUUUUUUAACCUUAAUAAGUCAGGAACUUUCACCUUUUCAUGUAAAGGAAGCACUUUAUGCUUCUCGUUGGCAUAUUCAAGUUGCCCGUGUCACCAUUCUUGUGUUUCAGGACCACUGUCAAGUAAAACAAGGGUUACUAGAACCCAAGCACUGUGAUACCGUGACAGUCCACCUGAUAACCUAGGCGGCUCCAAAGUGACCGAUGGGCUGGGCGUGCGUCGUGUGGAUCCUCUAGACAAAGGGAUGACUUACAUCCUGGGUGGAAUGGAGCAGGAUGGCAGAAGAUUGCAUCAGACCACUCACAGCCACACCUCCUGGAAACACUCGGAGCCCUACUUGUGCUUGGCAGCCAUCUGGAACGGACAAAACCUGAAACUCUAGCUUGAUUGGACCACCUCCAAGAUCAACUUAAAAUUUAUGAAUUGCUUAUUUGUAGAUUUGUCCAUUAAAAAUGUUGGGACUGUGGUUGAAGUUGGGCAUCUGAAAACAUGGAAAACAAAACCUCGAGUAAGGGGGUGCUACUGUAGGCCCUUUGAUACAGGCGGAAAUCCAAAGCCUGCUCAAAGACCUGGUGCAGCGGCCCAACAGGAAAGGUGCCACCUGGCUGUACUGUGUUUACUGAAGAGGAAGGGAGCUACAAUUCACAGGCCAAGAAUACAACAGCUAGCAGCCAUUUCCAAAGAUGGGAAGGUUGAUUUCAUUACCUAAAGAUCCUGUCCAGCUUAUCCAGGAAGGACAGUCAGGUGGGACUCCGGACCCAGAGCAGGCAGGCGUGAUAGAAGCUAUUCCUGUACUCUGUCGCAAUGGCUGUUCAUGGCCUGGCAAGCAGCCAGCUCCAGCAUAAGCCGCCUUACAGCGAAGGCUGAAAGUGGAUGAUGUACCUACCACUCAGGAGGGAAGAGAGCCACUGAGACAUUUAGGUGUGCUCCAGUGGGUUUACUUACCUCCGUCUUCACAGGACAGAGGCGACACUCAUCUAGCCCUUAACCUCAACUCAAGUCUAUCUGGGCUGUGAGGAUUUGCCUUGUGCACAAAAGCUUCUCCGCCUUCCCCUCACAAACACAUUUUGGGCCCAGUCACUGCCUGUGCACCUCUGAGCAGCAUUAUGAGGGCCCCUGCCCCAUCAUGUCUGCAGUGACUACUUCAUGCCCUCUUGGACCAAACCCAGACUUCUCUACCUGCUGCUGGAAGACACCUUCACCGUUGACACCUAGCAUAGCCAUGGAGACAGGCCUACCAACCUCGACUAAUCUCUACUUGGCGUUUGCCAACUAGGCCACCUCUGCCACAGUUUCUAUGGCCUGGAAACCUCGGUUGUGCUGGGCAGCCCGCUGGAUGGACAAGACCUGAAGCUCUUGCUUCACUGGACCACCUCUGCAUCUAUAACAUCCACCAGCGCACAGUAUCUUCUUCAGACCUUACUGCUUCGCUCUGAGUUCUCCUGGUCCUCCUCUUCCAUUCUGGCCUGUCGUUGCUCUGCAAUCAAGCAGCUCCAAGCCUGCUACUGCCAGGUCCAUUCAACUCCUUUUAUAUCCCUAGAGCCAUUUUCCAAGACGCAGCGUGCCUGCUGUCUUUCACUGCUCCGGGUGGCCCAACAUUCCGCAUUGAGAUGUUGCUUCUUGAGACCUAUUCACUGGUUACCCAGCACUGAAGUCACUGACAAUUUCCACCACAGGGUCAUUUUGAUUACCCAGAGUGGCCAAACCCAGCUUGCUAAGCACGCCUUCACCAACCUUCUGCCACUUGUCCACUCUUCACAGUCAAGCCCUAGUUACUGUCAACUGCCCCUCCUUUGCCAUUGGUGAGACUGCCCCAUAUCCACAGCUGAACCCUGUUCUCAUGACCUCUCCUAAUUGCUCAACCGGAUGCUGGACUUACCGUAUAUCCUCUGCUGAUACAGUUCAACGCCCACCAGAUUGUUCCGAGGAUGCCACUUAUUCCUGCCUUACCAUCACAAUAUGCUUUCUACAGAACACCUUAAUGCUGAUUGGUGUACCCGGACUGGACGGCUGGAUACCUCUCACCUGCUCACCCAGAGGUGGUGUGGUGGUCCUGUUCUGGUGACCUCCCUUCCUCCUGUCUACAGUCUGACCAUCUGCAGGUAGAGGUAAGGGUAGAUUCCCUUACCUCUACCCUGACAUGGCUAGAAGUCCUGCUAGUGUUCUGGGCCUCCACCCCCUUCCCUUUCUUGACGCCAUGCAGCAGGGGCAGUUGUGGCAGCCAUCUUGAUAAAGAUGCUAUUCUCUUUACAGGGAAGAUUUGGGAGUAUAGAAUAGAUUUCUAAAGCUGUGUCAGGAGUCCUGAAAUAUUCUGAGAUGCAAGUUCUAAGAAAAUACAAUAUUUUGUGUAAGAAACAGAUUGGCUUUAAGGUACCACUUUCUAGAAAUUAUAAUACAAGCAGCUGUAGAAUGGAAAAAUUGUUCAUUCUACGUGGUUCUUAAUUAAAAAGAAAAAAUAAUUAUAGUAUAGGCAUAAUCUGUGUAUUAGUAAGAGGACCAGUAAGAGUGGAUAGCCUCUCAGAACUCCCCAAAUUCCCCUUCUUAUAUAAUUUUCUUUCCUGUCCCUUCACCUCCCUUGUCUCCUUUCCUUAUUUCCCUCCCUCCCUCCCCCCCCCACCCUGCCCUUCCCUUCCACUCCUCUCUCCUUUCUUUCAGGCCUCAUUGUCCUUGGUGCUUUCGUCACUCAGUGCAUUGUCUAAUGAUCUAACAGUUUUCAAUUUAGUAUUCAUUGUUAACAAUUUAAAAAAAUAUCUUUUGCAGACAAUUUUGUGUUUAGCUUAAAUUUAUUUUAGAUCAACUUAUUUUAAAUUAAAAGGUUACAAAGCUUGUAUGCCUUUACUCUGCUAUAGAUGUAAUGCAAUUUCAUUGCCAUGAAUUUAAAAGGCGCAUAUAAACCGACUACUAAUAUACUACCAAUAUUCAAAAUAAUAUGACUGUAUGAGAAUGUUACAGACUACUGAGCCAAAUGGUGGAUAUGGAAAGGUGCCUGAAUUGUACAAAGGCGGGUUAUUUGUCCAGGCAGUUUAACUUGUACCAUCCUGAUCAGAUAAAUUACUUACUGUCCUCAUAAUGAAAAUCAAGCUAAGCCUGGGCUUAAUUUUGACAGAGUAAAAAAACUAGUUGGUGGUGUGAAGAGGGAUAGGAACCUCAGGAGAAAGCACCUGGAUUAUUUCUCAACAGGGUUUUGGCACAAGAGGUGUGUUGCAAGUAAUUUAUCACUAAUAGUGAAAGCACUAAAAUGACACACGAUCUUCUUUCUAAAAAUACAUACAUUUGAGAGUAAAGUUAUCUCAAUAGUAUCAGUGCUCUCAUGUUCUUACAAGUAUGUUUUCUUAAGUGAGAAAGAAAGGUUGAUCUUAGUGAAAAAAGCACGGAAUGCCACAUCAUCAAUAGUUUAUCAGCAUCCCCAGAAACACUGUGGACAGCAAGCCUUACUAAUAUAUAGCCAAUAUAUGUGGCAACUAAAAAUGAUUACAGCGUUUUAUUUUCAGGAAUAAUGUAUUUGAGUUUUGUGGAAAUUGUGAGAGUGAGAGCGUGUCACACACCAGUGAGUGUGUCACGGGUGAGACUAUUAUCAAUGUUAUACUGUGACAUGAAAAAUUGCAAAUGUUCAAAGCUCUUAUCAUGGCCAGAAAAUGGAGCUCAAAUAUACUCAAGCAAAUACCUUGGCUUUGGGGAAACUUUAAAAAAAUUCAAGGAAAAAAACAGCUUUGCCCCAUGAAAUUGAGUUUCAAAUAAGAUUAUGGCUAAUGAAGAGAGAUUUUUUUUUAAAACCAAGAAAUAAUUCAAAUAAAAUGGGAGACAGCUCAGGAAAGUCGAAUGAUUGUCUAUUAAUCUCAAAUUUUAAAUGACAUGUUUAUACGAAGGAAGAGUAACCAAAGGUGAAUGUGGAAAUAUAGCAAAUCUACUCUAAAAGUGCUAUAAAGUAAAAACCUAAUGAAUUGAGGAUGUAAAAAAAAAAAAGGUAAACAUGACCAAAAGGAGCUGUGAGGCUUUACUUUAUUUAUUUAUUUUGGUAGAGAUAGGGUCUCACUGUGUUGUCCAGGCUGGUGUGCAGUGGCAUGAUCAGGGCUCACUGCAGCCAUAGUGUCCUUGCCUAAAGCUCCCCUCUCUCCUUGGCCUCCCAAAAUGCUGUAAUUAUAGCUUUUAGCCACUGCAUCAGACAGAUGCCUUUUUAUGUCAAAAAGAACAAGGAGGGGAGAGUGACAACAGUGAGAUGUUGAGUAGGAGGUCCUAGACUUCAUGUGCCUUCAACCAAAGUCCAACUAACAACUAUUCACAAACAAGAACUUUUGUGAAAAAGUCCCUAAAUUGGGAAUGAGCCUGACUCCAGUGUGGACCACAGAAUGAGAUAAAAACCACAUUAAAGGGUAAGAGACAUGGUCUUAUUUUGACUACAUUUCUCCCCCCACCCCCAAGUUGGUACAGGGCCACACAGACAGAGUUCCCCUGGGUCCAUGAUUUUAUUUUAUUUUUUCCUUGGGCCAUAAAAUUUUAUUGGCAGUUCAGGGGAAGUGCUAGGGGUAAGUAUCCCUUCCUUCCCAUUCUCCUACCCAGGAGACACCCUCUAACGGAGAGCAGAAGCCCAGGAGCCUGCUACCUUAGAGGAUCUUGGAGGUGGACAGGCUGUUGUAGUGAUCUUCCUGAUCCUGGAGCAGGCUGAGGUAGGUGGUGAUCUGCUCCAGUUGCGACUUGAUGUCCAUGAGCCAUUGGUAUUCUGGAUUCUGCCACUGUCAGCUCACACAUUGCCCAGCUGAGCUUCAGUACUGCUGAUCAGCGCAAGGAUCUGCGCCAGCCAAACUCCAAAGUGCGUCAGUGGCCUUCCAAGUGGCUUUCAUGCUAAGCUGGUACUGCAGCUCAAUCUCAAGACCCUGGAGUGUGCGCCGCAGGUCAGGGACCUUGGACCUGUUCAUCUGGAGCUGCUCUGUGUGGUCAGCAAUCUCCAGUUCAGUUUCUCAGUCUGGCUGGUGAGCCAGGCUUCACCAUCCUUCCAGUUCUGCUCGGCCAUGACCUCAUAUUGGCUCCGCAUGUCAUUCACAAUCUUGGCAGCAUGGGUGCCCAGAACCGAAUCCACUUCCACACUGACCUGGCCUCCCACUUGUCCCCUCAGGGUCUUGAUGUCUUCAGGUAGUCCAGCUCUUCCUUCAGGCCUUCAGUCUGCAUCUCCAGGUUGGUCCUGGCCAGGGUCAGCUCAACCAGCACCCUGUGCAGGCCAUUAUGUCGCCCUCCACACUCAUGAGCAGAGUAUGCUCCCUCUCAUACUUGGUUCGGAAGUCAUCUGCAGCCAGACAGGCAUUGUCAAUCUGCAGGACAGUCCAGGAGCUCUCAAUGAUGGCACCAAGAAUCUUGUCCUGCAGGUCCUUGAUGUCCUUAUAAUAGUGGCUGUAGUCGUGGGAGGGCCUGGGGCCCAUGAUUUUAAAAUAGGAAAACAACCAGAGACAGACAUCCAGCUUUCCUAGCAUUCCAGGGUGCAUCCAAGGAAGCUCACACCAGUCUUGCCUUAUGGGGGACACUGGAAGUAAUGGCAUGGUUAGACUGUCUGGGGUCAGUUAGAAACAAAAAAGACAGAGCUCACAGUGACCAGUGUGCAGAUCUUGGCAGUAGCUUUCUGUUCCUGCCAGCUGUGGUGCCCAGUCAGAGAUGCCAGCCAAUAGCACAGGCCACAUGAAUUGAUCACUCCCAGAAGCAUGGUGGGAAAUUCAACCUGGCUUUAGUCUCUAGACAUCCAGCAUCAAAGCCCAGCCUCAGAGCCCAUUGCAAGGCCCUGCCUACUCAGGGAGAUGCCCACAACAUUGCAUUCUUCAAAACACAGGUGCUAAACCUGCCAGACAUGGGAGGUCAAUCAGUGACUUGAUCUGGUCCCAGAGCCCACAUCAAGGCACCACCCAGGCAGGGCAGCAAGCCUCAACUGUGGAUUUCCAUGGCGUAUACCCUCUGGUCCCAUUUGUCCCAAACAGCAACUCUGUUAAACCCAGCCUGCAGUCCUGCCCAGCUGUGGAACCCAAACAGUGAUACCACUCAGCCAGGGGAUAUACCUGGUGACCUGGCUUGAUCAGGGACCAUCACAUUGCUUGGCCAUCAGCUUCACCUGAUAGCAAAGCCCAGCAAGUGGUUUCACUUCACAGCAGAGCCCAGCCACCAGCCUCACACAACCUCAGAGCAAUGGCAGUGGCCCAGCCAACCAGAGAACCCAACAGCAACCUCUACCUACGUGUGGCCAUUACCAGCUGACCUAUCCAGAAUCACAGGGUAGACUAAAGUCUAUCCCUCCCAAAGAACACCUGUAGACUGUAAGAGGUGGCUGUCUCUUCAAAUACACAGACACCUAUCCAGGACACAAGGAUUACGAAAAAUCAGGGAAUCAUGACACCUCCAAAAGAAACUAGUAAAGCUCCGAUGACAGACCAUAAAGAAAGAGAAAUCUAUAAAAUGACUGACAAAAACUCAGAAUAAUCCUUGUAAGGAAACUCUGAACUACACGAAUAUAUUGACAGAAAAUUAAAAGAAAGUUAGAAAACAAUACAUGAACAAAAUGAGAGGUUUGACAAAUAGGACCUUUUAAAAAAACCCUAGAGAUGAGGGAUGCAAUGACUGGACUGAAAACAUUGCAUAGAAAACUUCAUCAGCAGACUCAGUCAAGAAAAAUAAAUAACCUCUGAUCUCAACGACAGAAAAUUUUAAAUUAUUCAGUCAUAGGAAUAAAAAAAAUAAAGAAUGCCUACAGGAAUUAUGCAACACCAUCAAUAGAACUAACAUGCAUAUAAUAGGAGUUCAACAAGAAGACAGAAAAAAAGCAUUAAAAGCAUAUUUGAAGAAAUAGUGACAGAAAACUCUCCAAAUUUGGAGAAAAGAUGCCAGUAUCUAGGUACAGAAAGUACAGGAGUUUCCAAUCAAUUUCAAUUCAAAGAAGAGUUAACUAAGACAUGUAAUAAUCAAAGUAUCAAAAAUCAAAGAUGAAGAAAAAAUUCUUUAUUGAGAGCAGCACUAGAUAAGAAACAUAUCACAUAUAAGGUAGUCUCAAUGUCAGUGGAUUUCUUAGCAGAAAUGAGGGAGAAAUAAAAGCAUUCCCAGACAAAGAAAUGGUAAGGGAACUCAUUACCAUAAACUAAGGGAGCUCAUAAGGGUACAAAGUUUUAGUUAGACAGGAGGAACAAAUUAUUUUAGAUAUAUUGCGUAGCAUUGGUAACUAUAAUAAUGUAUAUUUCAAAAUUGCUAAGAGAAUAAAUUUUAAAUGUUCUUGCCACAGAAAAAGAUAAGUGUUGAAAUGAUAGAUAUAUUAAUUAGCUUGAAAAUAUGUAUAUAUACAAUUGUAGUUUGUCAAUCCACGAUUUCAAAAAGAGCAAGGAAAUAAAUCUACUUCUUAGAGAUGAUAACAGAAGGUAUAUCAGAGAUUAACAGCAUCAUUCAACUCCUACUUUUUUCUUCUCUUGUUUCUAGAUUGGGUUUAAAUUGCAUAUGGAGAAUAAACUAUGAAAAGUUGAAAUUGCAGCACAAGAUAAAAUAUGCACUGGCAAGCUAACUCCAAGGUGUUUAAAAUAAGACCAGAUAAAUUUUGUACCAGGGUGGAAUAGAAUUUCCAGCUGUAAACUUAGAGCUACUGUUUGGUAGUCUUUGAAAAGUCAUGGCAAAUAGGAGAGAUGCCACAAGAUCACAGAUGGGUACAUUUCAUCUUUAUUUUUAAGAGAGAAAUAGAAAGGAUUCUGGAAAUUAUAGACAACUUAAUUCAUAUUUGCAGAUUUAACAACAGAUUGUUAAAAAUGCUCUAGUUUUUGAGCAUUCAGAAAUGAAUGUUAGUAACCAACUAACAUUCAUUGUUGGUCAUUAGUAACCAACAAAUGUAAAAUAAGGACAAGCUUUUGUUACACUCAUCUGAUUUAUUUUUUAUGAGGUUACUAAGCAUGUAGAUGAAAGGAUUGCUUGAAAAUUAAAUUGAAGCAGCUAGUGAUUGGUAUUCAUCUUGACGUGAUGUAGCAAUAUGGAAUUGUCUGUUUUCAGGAGUGUCUAUUAGCGAUGUUAUAGUCUCCAGUAGUAUGCCUUUACCCUAUUUUAUUCAGCAUUUUCGCCAAUGGCUGGAUGAAUAUAGAGGCUUCUCAACUUUGCAGAGGGCAUGCAAAUAGACAAGGUAUCUUAUUUCAGUGCUUCUCAUACUUUUUCACUGAAUAGCCCUCCUAAUGGAGGGGAAAUAAACAUGUACACCUGGAGAAACUAGUCCAUCUUAUUUCUCGAGGUAAAACUGCCAUUUCUGUGUCUUUGAAUAUCUUCCACAUUCCCCUAGAAGUACUCUGUUUAUCUUCACCCAAAUCAAUUAUGAAAACUUCAAACUGAAUGGCCUAAAGGAAAGAGAACAGUGGCUUUUUCGUGCAGUAUAAAGCCAUCAAUAAAUGAUUUUAUAUGAUAGAUGAAGAAACUGAAAAUUAAACGUUAUCUUAAUGAGAUGGCAUAUUAACACAAUUAAAUUUAAUAGCAAUAAGUGUAAAAUUUUGCACUUAAAUUAGAAGUCAUAUAGCACAAAUAUGGAAACUCAAAUGAAAAACUGUGACUUUGAUUGAUUAUAAUCAUUCUCUGAAUUAACAGAAUUAUGUCAUUUAAAAAAAUUUAAGUAGUAGUUAGAUCAAGGGAAGGAAGAAUCCCUAUGUACUCUGCAUUAAUAACCAUCUCUACAAGGUCAGACUUAAUUUCUGGGACCAAAUUUAAGUACAGACUUUGAUGAACUAUAAUAUCCAUAGUAAGACAACUAGGAAUACAAAGCACCAUGUUUAUCGUCAGGUUUAUCAUGGAAGGGUUAUGGACCUGGGGAAUGACUAUGGGGAGACCAUUUAGCUUAGUGCAGCAAAUGGCAUGAUUACUCUAAAGGACCAUGCUUAGGAGCGUCUGCUUAGGAUGUUAAAAUGCUGACUACUUGGCUUUACAUGUAGAAUUUCAAAUUCAGCAAUAUGGGCUUUUGAAAACUGCAUUUUGAUACUCAACUCAGGAGAAGGAGGUGAAUUAAUGACUUUGAAAAACACUGUUCUAUAAAAUGUAUGUAGAGGCCGUACUGGAAUUACACAGAAACAGUGUGGUUUUACAUUUAAAAAAAAUCUACUUUGUUUUGUUUGAUUUUUUGUAACUGUCAGAGUUAGAAAACAGUGGAGUAAGCCUUAUUAUAUUAAUUUUAUUGAGAACAUUCAUGGAUAUUCCAGGAGUCAGGCAUGCAGCAGAAGAGACACUGAAGGACAUUGUAAACUAAACAUCCUCUAGUCAAUCAUUUAGACUACAGCAGAAAGACAAGAAAAACUUUGAAGGAGAAGUAGUGAAAAUUGAAAAAUUGAAAAUCGUUAUUAAUGUAAUUAAGGUGCAUCUUUUGGUCAAUGGUGCACAUGUAUUAUUAGAACAUGACUACUUUAGGCAGGCAGUUUUGGUAUUUGCUUAAAUAUGAUCUAUGCCAUUUGAUAGCCAAUGUCAAAACACAGCAGCGGAUUGUCUUUCUUCUGGAAAAAUGGGGUCCUUUAACCAUGGGAAAUACUUAUAAACUCGACAUUUAUUGAAUUAACUUCCCUUAGGACUCCAUCUCACCCCAAUCCUGCCCACACAUGCUGGCCAAUCCUGAUACCCUUUUAUCCUUAGCAGAAUCUUUUUUCACUCUAGCAAUGUGCACAUUCGUAAAAUGGAACAUCUAGGGUUUUCAUUUUCAAAGCAUUGCUUAAGAGGUGUGUCCCUACUUCUUGGCUUUUAAAAAUAUGUGUGUGUGUCUGUGUGUGCAUGAUUGUGUGCCUGCAAGACAGUCUGCUUCUUGAUAAACUGGCCCUGUAGUCAUCUCUUGGAGGUCAAAUAGAUUUCUUGAUGCAUGGCUAUAAGUUUAUUGACUGUGAUCACAUUUUAGAGACUAAACUCUUGGAAGGAAAUGACCAUGUCUGUCAAUUUACCAAAACAACAUAUGAUUGUUUCACAUGUGUUACUAUGAUGACCAAGGAAAGAAAGUGUUUUGGAGAAUACAGUUUUAUGGUUCUGAUAUUCACUAAUAUUUUUGAUUUGUCUGAGCCAAAUUAAUAUCUUUUUUUUACUUGGUGGCAGAAGAAAGUCCUUAUAAAGGAUAAUUGAAGAUUAAAAUGGAUCCAUUAUUUCCCCAUCAAAAAAUCAAGGCCUCAUUAUAGUCAGCAUUGUAUUCCUUGAUUUAUUCAUUCAUUCAUUUUCUUUUUCACUAGGAAGAUACUUCAUGUUCUUGUAAUUACUGAAGGUUGAAAAAGAAAAAAUAAGAAUGCUGGGUUCCUUUUAAAGCCAAUUAUGUACAACUGGUUUGCUUUAUAAUGCAAAAAUUACUCAUCAUAAAUUUUAUAUGAUUAACAGCUGAACACAGAGACAGAGCACAAAGAAGGACCUCAAAAAGCAUUUGCUUGAUAAAAUUCUAUAAAAUGUUGCAGUCUUUGUCAGGCUCGGCCCUUAAGCCUGUAGGCCCCAUAGGCUGUUUGAAGGGUGUACUUCCUUUCAAAGGGGCCCACAUAUUCUUGGGAGUGUGCAAAUGCAGGCACAUGGGCUAGAGUAUCACAGAGGGGAGGUAUUUGUUUUGUUUUACCAAAAUGGAAACAGCAUUUUUGUGUUUGAUGAUUGUUAAUGUAUGAUUUUUUUAAGCAACUUAGAAAUAUAUAUAGUCAAAAUUUCUUACUUGUUCCAUCUGCCACUUCUCCUAAAGAUAAUAACGAAUAGUAAUUUGUAUAUAGCUUUCUAGACUUUUAAAUUUAAAUAAACUUUUUUUUUACAUUAAAUGAGAUGAAAUUGCACAUGUUGUUCUGAAAUUGCUUUUAAAAACUAGCAAUACAUUGAGGGCAUCAUCUCAUGUCAGUAGAUAAAGACUAACUUCAUCCCUUCACAAUUCCUCUAAUAAGGAUGAAGCACGUUAAUCUAGCCAAGUUCCUAAUGAUGAAUAAUUAGGUUGCUUCCAUAUUUUUUGAUAUUAUAAAGAAUGCUCCAGUAAAUAUCCUAAUUUGUUCAUCUUUGCCCACAUGUCUUGUUUUCUCAGGAUAAACUCCUAGACAGGAUUGUUGAGUCAAAGUGUAUUUAAAAAUUGUAGUAUAUCUUUUCAAAGUAUUCUCAGCUGAAAGAUUGGACUCCAGUAGUGCAUUGAAGUGUCUGUUUCCCACACCAUUGAAAUCACUGGCAUUAUCGAAUCAUGGCCAGUCAGAUAAGUACGCAAACGUUUCUUCGUUAUUUCAAUUUCAAUUUCUUUUUUUCUUCCUGAGACUGAAUAUCUCUUCAUCUAUUUUGGUUGUUUAUACUUCUUCAUGAAUAGUUUAUUUGAAGACUUUACACAUUUUCUAUUAGGUUGUUAAUCUUUGCCUUUUUAGUUUGUAAAAACAUUAAACUAUUAAGGAUAUUAACUGUUGAUCGGCUACAUAUACUGCAAAUAUCCAUCCCCGAUUUUUUCAUUUGUUUUUCAGCUUUUAUUUAUGAUUUUUGAAUAAAGAAGUUUUACAUUGUC